GAGUUGAUCAGGUGAAGAGUGCAGAUCAAAGAAUAUCGUCUCAAAGAAACUAUGGUGGCCUCGGUAAACUUUCAAGUCGCCUUUGUUGCCUACCGUUCGCAGCAAGUGACGACUCGGCCCGUCAUGCUCUAGACCACCACCGGCUCCACAUGAACUAAAAGAGCAAUUGUAAAACACCAGUCUCCUGAAAAUUGGCAUCGUUUGACCGGUGAGGGUAACCAGUUGAACACUCAUCUAGAAUAAGAAGGUUCAAUCAGCCCAACUCUGCCUAGCGGGUGAGGUCACUGGCCACCCAAGUCCCCCACCAUGAAAACUGGCAGGCGGAGUGACGACCUGGUGACUACCAGCAGCACACCACCGAAGCUUCAAUAACUCCGUGGAAGAUCCAAAAUCUUUUCACUGAUAUAAUUCAGAAUCAUCUCUCGACUAACGGGCGCAAUCCUCGGCACGAGACACUCUCGAAAGUACCGUUCGACGUCAUACUCGACCGCGUAACCCAUUCCCCCAUGCGUCAACACGGCUCUCUCGCACGCUGAGAACGCUGCCUCGGCCGCCAGAUACUUUGCACUAUUACAAGCCACACCCACCGCAUCUUGACGUAUCGUCUUAUCGGCCUUGCUCGAAUCAUACAACCGCGCAGCAUGAUACGUUGCCAACUUCGCCGCCUCAAGCUUCAUGUAUACCUCUGCUAGCGGAUGGGCGAUUCCUUGAUUCUGUCCGAUUGGCCUCUUGAAGACGUUGCGUUCUCUAGCAUACGUUGCCGCCUUUCCUAGAGCAGCAUACCCCAGACCAAGAGCCUCGCCGGCGAGCAGGCAGCGUUCAGCGUUCAUGCCAUGGAGGAUAAUCUUGAAGCCUUGCCCUUCCUCGCCAAUCAACGAGUCGGCACCAACCGAAUAGUUGUCGAAGAAGACCUCGUUAGCAUCGACAGCCCGUCCGCCCAUCUUCUUGAUUCGUCGGAGUUCAAGACCUGGGCUGCUACGAUCAAGAUCGAUGCAGAAUAAUGACAGCCCCUCGCUCGGUUUCUUGACCUCCUCCAGCGGUGUGGUUCGCGCCAACAGAAUCAUCUUGGAGGCCACUUGAGCGCAAGUGAUCCAGAUCUUUUGCCCAGUCACUUUGUAAGAACCAUCGCUCUGCUUCGUGGCCCUUGUUGACAGUCUCAGCGUAUCCAGUCCCGCGUUCGGCUCAGUCACCCCAAAGCAAACCCGCCAUUGACCCGAAAUGAUCUUCGGAAUGGUGCUUUCGAGUUGGGCGGUGCUCCCAAACUUGGCCAGCGGCUGUGUAGCAUAGACAUUGGCGUGUAUGCUCUGGGCGCCCGCCAUUCCUGCCCCAGACUCCGCAAUCGUCUGCAUCAUCAUGGUGGCCUCAGAUAUUCCCAAUCCAGAUCCGCCAAGAGAUUCUGGCAGAGCAAUCCCGAGCCAGCCGUCUUUGGCCAUGGCAGCAUGGAACUCCUUGGGAUCUUGCUCAUUAUGGUCGUGUUCUUGCCAAUAGGUGUUGGGAAACUCCGAGCAGACCUGCGCGACUGCUUCUCGAACGGUGAGCUGUGUUUCGGUGAAGCCUGUUGUUGACAUCAGGGGGCGCCUGGCCGAGGUGGAGAACAGUUGAUGGCGGGCCGGCCGGUGAUUGGAAGCCAGGCGCGUCAACCGGGUGAUCAUGCGGAGGGUUAACUGUGACAUUGUGAAGUCAGGGAAUUGAAAGCUCAACACUAUCGAGAAGCGCCAAUGUGAAUCUCCAGUCUCGCACUGUCGUUCUUGUUGUUGAUGGACUGCACAACGGUUUUCUGGGGAAGCGGGGAAUGUGGACCCCACCGAGGCACCCAGUUUAGCGCCCCCUAUUAUUUCCGGGGAAGGGGUUCCGCUUUUGACAUCUGAUCAACGACAUCACCAACGGGCCUUGGUAUUUGAGAAUGAACAGUGAGUAAAGACAUCGCCCCGGCAUUUUUGUCCGUUUUCUUGACCACUGGAAAAUGGCUCUUUUCCAGCACCCCGCGCGCAUCACCCGCCGCAUUCUAGCCAGCCAGAUUAUGAUGACCACCUCCUGCCAAGCCUCCACCCGUCACGUCCACACCUCCGCCGCCCAGACCGCAGCCAGUGAGCUGUUGAAGAAAGUCAAAGGCCAAAAGUUCGUCCGCAAACAGCUUCUUGAUGGAAACCAACUCCAGAAGCUGUCUCUUAUCUUGGGUCGACGAUCAGAAUUCUGCACGGGGGAGCCACCAGACGGCACUUACCUUCCCUACGGUCACCACCUCGUGUACUUCACCCCCUCCCAGUUCGAGUCAGAGCUAGGAGCGGAUGGGUCAGACACAACAUUUAACUCGCCGGCCCCAUUCACGAGGAGGAUGUGGGCUGGAGGGGAGAUGCUGUGGAACCCACAGGUGCAACUGAGAAUAGGAGACAGAGUGGAGGAAACCACCGAGAUUCUCGAUGCCAAAGCGAAGAAGAGCCGUGAUGGGAGUGAGAUGGUGUUGGUGGAUGUGGAAAAGAUAUUUGUUUCUCCUCGGGGGGUAGCUCUUACGGACAGAAGAUCAUGGAUCUUCCGCCAACCACUACCUGCACCGCCUACUGGCUCAAUCGCUCCAGUUAUUACGAUACCCACCACCAAGUCCCAUAUUCAGGAUGACAUAGAUCUAAAGGCAGGGUAUACCAUGCGCAAUCUUGUCUGGUCCCCUGUUGCGCUGUUUCAGUUCUCUGCCCUGACGUUCAACGCGCACAUGAUCCACUUCAACGAAAGCUGGACGAGGCAGGUGGAGGGUCACCCGAAUGUGGUUGUGCAUGGGCCCUUGAAUCUGAUUAAUCUGAUGAAUUACUGGCGGGAUAUUCACUCACGGGGUGGGGCAAUCAAGGCGAAGAGUAUCGCUUACCGAGCUUUGUCACCGCUGUAUGCGGAGGAGGAGUACACCAUUGGGACGGAGGCUGUGGAGGAAGGUAAUGGGGAGACAAUAAGAUACAGACUGGUGGUCAAAAGGGGCGAGGUGGUUUGCAUGAGGGGGGAGGUUGUCGGUGUCCGGCCAAGCUAGGCGUUCACACCGUGGACGGGGAAAUAGACACUCCCAUGAGAUCUUAAGGGCAUUGAAAAGAUG